AUGUUACAUGAAAGACAUCCUAAUCAAGCUACUACUUGCAGUGAUAUUGGUGACGUUCAUCGGUUAAUGGGAGAUUAUAAAAAGGCGAUUGCCUUUCAUCAAAAAGCAUUAAAUAUUCAAGAAAAUAUUGAAUCUAAUCCUCUGGAAUGUGCAACGACAUACACAAAUUUAGGUGAAACUUAUCGAGAAAUGAAAGAUUAUUCAACAGCAUUGACAUAUCUUAAAAAAGGAUUACAAAUACGUGAAAAUAAAUUACCAAAAAAUCAUCCUGAUUUAGCUGUUAUGUACCAUGCUUUGGCAAAGUUAUAUUUGGCUACUCAUGAAUAUAGUAUGGUCAUGAAAAAUAUUCAACAAGCGGUGGAAAUCGCUCAAGAAAAAUUGCCUUCAAAUCACCCCCAUUUUUCGGCCUAUAAAGAAACAUUUGAAGAAAUUCGAAAGAAGCUGUAG